CUUCAGGACACAGGUAGGGGGAGGGGUGGCUGCAAUUGUAGGAGAGAGCUGCAGAUGUGGGCUAACAGAGUGCCUGCCAUGUUAUGUAUGCCAGCUUCUUACCCAAAAAAUGGGGUUGGAGGUCGGAAGAUAGACAAGCAAGGGAGUUAGAUUGCAUGGAGGUGGAUGGGUAAUCUCUGUAGUGCAGCCCGAGUUCCAGGCUCUCCACUUUGUGACUGAGGGCGCAUUGUGGAAAGCAUGGCUGCGGUCAUCACUUGGGCCCUUGCCCUUCUCUCAGUGUUUGCGACCACUCAGGCACGGAAGAGUUUCUGGGACUACUUCAGCCAGAGCAGCCGGGGCAAAGGCUUGAUGGGCCAGCAGCAGAAGCUGGCACAGGAGAGCCUAAAGGCUAGCUUUGAGCAAGACCUCUACAAUACGAACAAUUUCCUAGAAAAGUUGGGUCCCUUGAGCGGGUCAGGAAAGGAGCCUCCCCUCCUGGCACAGGAUCCAGAAAGCAUUCGGAAGCAGCUGCAGCAGGAGCUGGGGGAGGUGAGCUCCCGCCUGGAGCCCUACAUGGCUGCGAAGCACCAGCUGGUAGGCUGGAACUUGGAGGGCCUGAAGCAGCAGCUGAAGCCCUACACGGCCGAGCUGAUGGAGCAGGUGGGCCUGAGCGUGCAGGAGCUGCAAGAGCGUCUAGGCACAGUGGGAGAAGACACCAAGGCCCAGCUGCUGGGGGGCGUGGACGAGGCGCUGAGCCUGCUGCAGGAAAUGCAAAGACAAGUGCUGAACCACACAGACCGGGUCAAAGAGCUCUUCCACCCUUAUGCAGAACGCUUGGUGACCGGCAUUGGGCAGCAUGUUCAGGAGCUGCACCGCAGUGUCGCUCCUCACGCGGCUGCCAGCCCCGCGCGACUCAGUCGCUGCGUGCAGAGCCUGUCCCACAAACUCACGCGUAAGGCAAAGGACCUGCACACCAGCAUCCAACGCAACCUGGACCAGCUGCGCGAGGAGCUCAGUGCUUUCAUCCGCGUCAGCGCAGAUGGGGCAGAGGACGGGGACUCCCCGGACCCUCAGGCUCUCUCGGACGAGGUACGCCAGAGACUCCAGGCUUUUCGGCAUGACACCUUCCUGCAGAUCGCUGCAUUCACUCAGGCCAUUGACCGGGAGACAGAGGAAAUCCAGCAACAGCUAGCACCACCGCCGCCUAGCCACAGCGCCUUCGCUCCGGAGUUGGGACACUCGGACAGUAAUAAGGCCCUGAGCAGACUGCAGAGCCGGCUGGAUGACCUGUGGGAAGACAUCACCUACAGCCUCCACGACCAAGGCCACAGUCAUCUGAGGGAGCCCUGAGGGUCACUCAGGUUCACUCCUCAGCUCACUGUGGGAAUCCCUGCCUAUCGGGCAGAGAGGGUGAAGGGUCCUGCACAGUAUAUGUGAGGCCACCAAAGGGACUACUGGCUCAGCCUAUUCAGACUCCUCAGUUUCCCUACUCACUUUAGGUCUCCAGGUAUGGUGGUUCAUGCUGUUAAUCCCAGCACUUAGGUGCAGAGGCAGGCUAACCUGAUCUACAUAGUGUGUUCUGGAAAAAAAGGAAAGCAAAACCCUUCACUGGGUUUUGGGAAUCCAGCUUCUGGUGCUCAUCUGGGAACCCUCAUAAGUUUCAACGUUCCAUGUGAAGGGAGUGGGGAGAUAGUGGGUGUGGGUGUGGGGGAGAGAGACUGUCUGUCUGCAAGCCACCACGGUGCUGGAAGCCUGUGGUGAUUCACCUUGGACUUUGGCUCCUGUUGCUUACUCCCUGCCUAAUGGUCACUGUUACAGCUGAUCCACAGAGCUCAUGUGCUUCCCCAGGGCUGCUGUGAGAGUUUUUGUUGGAAGAGAACAGGAGGAGAAUGUGAUGCAGAGCUCAUGGUGUGUGUACAUUCCCACCAGCAGUGCUGCUGGUGGGUCAGAGAUGGAAUGGGGCAGAGCCCCUAUUUCCUUAGAUAACUCUGAACCCAAAUAAGGAACUGAGCCCUCUACACUGUGAGGGCUUCUAAAACCCUGUAGGGAGCAAACUGUGUGUCCUCAUCUUCGGUCCUCACCUCCUGACUCUCGGGGUGAAACUGACUUUUGGUUGAAAUGAAAUAGAUGCUCAUAAUAGAAA